CAGGCGGGAACAUUAAAGUAUUAUUAUUUCUCUUUGACAGGAGUGAUCGGUGAGAUUCAGUUUGUUUAUCUUAGGGAAAUAGGCGUCUGUGGCAAGAACCAACACAAGUUCAAUGACAGGAAAUCCAUCAAAUGUGAUGUAGAACUCGAUCAUAAACCGCGUGUUGACAGCAGUGUUGUCCCGGUGUUGUCACUAGCCUUUUAGCUUCAUUCAGGUUGUUUUGGAUCAGGAUGGCGGAUAGAAAUCUGGUGAAGGAAUUAAAACGGUGGGCGACAGAGGAGUUCAGGCUGCCCCCGGAUAGCUUGCCCCAUGACAGCUACUUUAAAACGCUGUGUGUUGGGACUGGGAAGUCCAUAUGGAAAUAUAUAAUACAACACGUUUUCCAACAGAGGAAUGUGAGGAUCAUGCGUGGGAAUCUUCAAUGGUAUAAAGUACUUCAAGACAAAGAGCUGAAGCAGGUCGAAGACCAAAGUGAGGCUGCCAAGCGGAGAGAGAUUCAGAUGAAGAUAGAGCAGCUGAGAGCUGAGAUCGGUCAUCUGGACUCUCAGAUCAGUGGCAGAGAGGAACAGCUAGCUGUACAAGACCGAUCUAUCAGUCAUACCUGGGACCAAAUGGAGGAUAGCCAGCGCAGAGAGCUGCUCCUGCAGGCCUUCAGACACCGUUGCAUCUCUGGCUCUAAGGUUCUUUCUGAUGACAUGCAGAAAAUCAGUGGCCAUGGCCAGGCGCUGGAUCAGAUGGCAAGGAAAGCAGAGGUUGAAGUGCUUUAUGAUGACGAGCCCUCCAGCAGCAAAAGUGAUGACAAUGUCAACUCCAAGGCAGCAGCAGAGGCACAGGUUCUGCGUGAGUUGAGGCAGCUAUGUGACGACAGGAUUCACUUCUACCAGUCUUUGCAAGAGAGUGAACUGAAAAUGCAGCAAUCUGCAACCAAACCUUUGACCAUUGAGCAGAGGACUGCCGUCUUUCAGUACUGGCUGAGUACUGCUGAGAAAGUGUUGGGCAGUUAUCCUCCAAACCAUAUCCUCUCAGCAUUGCAAUAUUUAGCUUCAGGAGAGCAGAAGGAGUUGGAGGAGACAGUAGCUUCUCUGGAUGUGACGCAUGAUGUGACAGCUCUGCGGUACCGAUAUGAAAGCAAUCACCUACUGGAUAUAUCAGCAGAAGAAGCUAGUGACCUACCACCAGUUAAAACCCUCCUCGAGGCUGCUUGGGAGGAGGUGCAGCAGAGUUUGGUAGAAUUGGCCCAGACUCGCUCCAGAGUCCAACAGCUCAAAAAACAGUUGGAGGCCUGUAAAGAGGAGACUGGGCAGGAGGUGUCGGGCAGUGCAGAUGAGCUCCACAAUGAUACUGUAGUGCUGUCAGCAAUUGAGGUGGAGCUGCAGUGUGUGAUGCAGGCAGCAGUCCGGGAUCAUAUCAGAGACCGCUGCAUCCAGCUUGACCAACAUGCCAGAAGCCGUCAGGAGGCGCUUAGAAGUCUUCGCACCCAGUGGCAGAGUAUUCAGGACUUCAGAGACCUAGUGGUUCUUCGGCAGGAGCAGAUAAGAGGUCUGAUUAAAGGAAACUCGACAGCGAAGACACAGCUGGUUCAUCUCCAUAAAGAGUUGCAGGAAUUCAUUGAAGACAAGGUCGUCCCACAGUUUGAAGAUGUCACCUCUGCAGCCAGCAGUCUGCGGAACUCCAUUUCUAAGGAGACCAAACAGUUUGGAGUGAUCUCUCUUCUCUCUCUGGACUGCAGGACUCUGGACACCAUUGAUGGAGUUCAAAGAGUUCCUGCAUCAUGGAUGUCUAUCCAUCGCUUGCAAUCUCCGAACUUCAACAGCUUAUGUCAAAGUCUGGCAUUUCCUUUGUACAAGGCUCCAGAGGAGUUGUGUUCACACUCAAGGUCCCAACAGCUUGAGUUGCGUUUUCUCUGUCAGUUACUGCAACUUUACUCAGCCACUCAGCAGAAGGUUCAGAAGGAAGCAGAGCAGCUGCACGCAUCUGAUCAAAAAGCUCUGCUGUCAAGAGUCAGAAAGGAGGAUCAGAAGCUUCUGAAGUUGUUGCUGCCAAGAGCCAGAUCCCUCACCCACCGCUGUGCGCAGGGACUUUCUUACGGAGACCAAGUCAAGACUGCUAUCUCUUUCUGGUGGGAAAAACCAGCCCAGCAUGUCAUGCCUGAGGUGAAGAAAGGAGGACUCACUUUCCAGCAGUGGCUUCAAAGAUGGAAACUAGCUGCCAAAGCUUCAUAGUUUAAAAACAUAACCAAGUCUUUCAGCACCUUUCAGUACCUUUCAGUAAAUAUAUGACAAUAAGGAAUUGGUUAAAAAAUUCCCCAACAAUAACUACAUUCAUUUUUUUAUCUUGUACGAUUUCAUGCUUAUUUGUCAUGCUUCAUCACGUAAAAGCCAAACAUGAAUAAAUAUUUCUAAUGAG